AUGACCGACUCGCGCCAGAUGCCGCUCCUAGCGGAGGACGGAGCGAGCGGCGGAGGAGCUGCCGGAGUUACCAGUAACUUAAUCGGCGGUUUUAACGGCGGGCUGAACGGGAGUUUCAAGAUGGGCGGGGGCAAGUGGCGGUACCUGGCGGGCGCGGGCCUUCUAGUGGCGCUCGCGCUCUUUGCCCCGCUCGCCUACCAGAUGUGGCAACCCAGCGGCGACGUCACCUUGAUUCCCUCGCAGUGGCAAGGCGUCAUGCGCCUGUCCACCGCGCCAACGGGCACGGACGCCUGGAGCACGCUCAUAUUCUCCGCCGCUAAUCCCGCCGGCCGCGCCGCCGCCCUUGGCCGGGAGGCGGCCAGCGGAGAGCCGUGGGAUGCGAUGGAGAUGGAAGCAUCUGAAGGGCUGUUUCUCGCCGGCGCCGCAAACGUCAUGCCGUCACCUGAUGACGUGUUUUUGGCAACCGAUGACGUCAGCCCGCCAGCUGACAACGAAGGCUCCACAGGCGAAACUCAGAGCGCUCCGCCGAACGUAAAAAACAACGAGAGACCUACUAAUGAGAAGUCUAAUACUGGAGACAUUGGUAGUGUCACUGCGCUUGAAGCCACCGCGGUUACCAGCGAAACUGCUGACGAGGGGGAUGGGUUGCGCGGGGAAGAGGGGGAGGCGGAAAACCGGGGGAACAAAACCGGCGCAUCAACCGCGGACAUGCUGCGGGGAUCUCCCCGCGCGGAUGCGCCACCCGCGGGAACAGCGGACGGGAAAGAGCAGAGGGGGGACAGUGGCGGGGGAAGGGAGACGGUGAAGCCGUGGGGGAAGCGGAAGGGGUUUGACGCGGCGCUUCCGCGCGCGACGGUGAAGCUGCUGCGGAGAGUGGCGAAGGCGGGCCUGCCGGUUCCGCGCGACCCGUGGCUGAACGUGCGCGGGUACUACGUGCUUCUCAAGUCGACUCGAAAACCAUCUCCCUUCCCCGUUCCGCCCCACCCCUUGUGUCUCCCCCGCGCAGGGAGCGCCUACAUGCACGCCGCCACGCCUGGUUACCGCGUUGAGCCCUGGGUGCGGCGCUCCCUCAACCUGCGUGCCGUGCCCAGCAAGCCCGUGUUCUGGGGCACGCUCAGCAUCGUUGAGGCCAUUAAGCGGCUCCUGGCUACAGCCCUCUUAGACCCGCACAAUGUGCGCUUUGUGGUGCUGAGCGAAAGGGACGUGCCGCUGCAUUCCUUCCCCACGGUGUACCGCUACCUGCUGGCAUCCAACCAGUCGUACGUGGGCGGCUACCGCAAGUUCUUCCGCGACAACAAGGCCGCCAUCAAGGUCUUCCCGCGCUCGCUUGUGAUCGACGGCUGGAUGCACGGCGAGUGCUGGGUCGAGAUGGCCAGACCGCAUGCAAUGGAGGUGGUUCGGGACUGGGAGUGGCACGAGAAGGGGCGGGACUACUGCCAGGUGAUGCAGCGCCCCACAUGCUGUGUGGACGAGAAUCUCAUCCACAACAUCAUCACCUCCCAGCACCCGCACCAAGUCGCCAACCGCAGCGUCAUGAGCGUCGACUGGCAGCGCAAGACGGGUCACCCGCACACGUACCUCCCUCGGGACAUCUCGCCCGAGUCGAUGCGGAGCAUUCAGGAGGAGUGGCAUGAGAACCAGAAGCGGCCUUACUCGCAACCAAUGUUUCUGCUGCCCAAGGAGUCGCAGCAGUUUAUCAUGUCCAACCGGCGCUGUACAGUGAGCGGGGAGAAUUCCACGUGCUGGCUCUUUGCACGCAAGUUCAUCGGGCUGUCGCUGCGAGCUCUCAUGGACCUUCCAAGAGACGUGCUUGGAUAUUAG